AGCUGCUCAGCCUUCACGGUGCAACAUUGUCUCAGCAAGUCAGCUCUCCAGCGUGGCACUAUCCUGCACGGGAAACACACCAAUGCUAUAGUUUCCAGCGAAUGAAAGCUCCGUUUCUCUCCGAAAUAUACACGCGAACAACUCUUAUGUAACCCCCUAACUACGGAUUUACGGAUUUACACAAAAAGCGUGGGAUUUUGGUUUAUUCUCGACGGGCCCGGAGACAGCUUGAUAUCGAUAGAGAGACUCAACACAGGUCCCUUGGUCCUGAAAUGGACACAGGAAUUGUCCCCGAAAAGAAAAGGGUCAGCUCAGAGCGGAGAAAGGAGAAGUCACGGGAUGCUGCGCGAUGCCGGCGUGGGAAGGAGUCAGAGGUGUUCUACGAGCUGGCCCAGCAGUUGCCCCUGCCCCACAGCGUCAGCUCCAAUCUGGACAAGGCCUCCAUCAUGAGGCUCACCAUCAGCUACCUGCGCAUCAGGAAGCUGCUCAGCACUGAUGAGCCAGUGGCAGAGGAGGAGACAGAGCUGGACGCUCAGCUGAACAGCUCCUACCUGAAGGCUCUGGAGGGCUUCCUCAUGGUGCUGUCAGAGGACGGGGAUAUGAUCUAUCUCUCAGAAAAUGUCAACAAGUGCCUUGGGCUGGCACAGUUCGACCUGACUGGACACAGCGUGUUCGACUACACACAUCCUUGUGACCAGGAGGAGCUGAGGGAGAUGCUGGUCCACAGAACAGGCUCUAAGAAAGCCAAGGAACCAAACACAGAGCGCAGUUUUUUCCUUCGAAUGAAGUGUACUCUCACCAGCAGGGGCCGCACUGUCAAUGUCAAGUCAGCUACAUGGAAGGUACUCCACUGCUCAGGCCAUGUGCGUGUGUAUGAGAGCCCUUCUGAGCAGACUUCCUGUGGCCACAAGGAGCCCCCUGUUCCAUACCUGGUUCUGAUCUGUGACCCCAUCCCACAUCCUUCCAACAUUGAGGUCCCUCUGGACACAAAGACCUUCCUCAGCCGCCACACACUGGACAUGAAGUUCACCUAUUGUGACGAGAGGAUCACUGAGCUUAUGGGUUAUGACCCUGAGGACCUCUUGAAUCGCUCAGUGUACGAAUACUAUCAUGCUCUGGACUCAGACCAUCUUACGAAGACCCAUCACAACUUGUUUGCAAAGGGUCAGGUCAGCACAGGCCAGUACCGAAUGUUGGCCAAAAGAGGAGGCUUUGUGUGGGUGGAGACCCAAGCGACUGUCAUCUAUAACAACAAGAACUCCCAGCCACAGUGUGUUGUCUGUGUCAACUUUGUGCUCAGUGGCAUCCAGGAGGAGAAACUGAUCUUGUCUCUGGAGCAGACAGAGGAAAUUAAGCCAGUGAAGGAGGAGCAGCCGGAGGAGGAAAAGGCAGUGGCAGAGAAGGAGGACAGUUCUCCAGCCCUGCUGAAGGAGGGGAAGAGCCCAGAGUUGGAUGUUGUCAAGCUGUUCACUCAGCCAAUCGAGGACCAGCCUCUGGCCAGCCUGUAUGAAAAGCUGAAGGAAGAGCCUGAGGCCCUUACCCUGCUGGCCCCAGCUGCUGGAGAUACCAUCAUCUCCCUGGACUUCAGCUGCCCUGAUUCUGAGAUCCAGCUGCAGAAGGAUGCCCCACUCCUCAAUGAUGUUAUGUUGCCGUCCACCAGUGACAAGCUGGCCCUACCUCUUUCCCCCCUGCCACCCACCGAGACUCCCCACAUAGCAAGCAGCACCUCUGGGGAUGCAAAAGCUGAGUCUUACGCUCCAGCACCCUCUACCCCACCAGGAAGCCAGAGUGUUGGCAGUGGCUCCACAGAGCCGGAUAGCCCCCUGGACUUCUAUUUUCCAAUGGACUCGGAUAUGAGCUCGGAUUUCAAACUAGACUUGGUGGAGAAGCUGUUUGCCAUUGACACACAGCCCAAGACUCCUUUCACCCCACAGGCCAUGGAAGACUUGGAGAUGUUGGCUCCAUACAUUUCCAUGGACGAUGACUUCCAGCUGCGCACUCUGUCACCAGAAGAGCCUCUGUCAUGCAGCCCUGUCAAAUCCCUGGAGAGCUCUCCUCUCCACCUCACCCAGGAAGUCCACAGCUAUCCCAGCUCCCCCUUCAGCACACCUGGCAGCCGCACAGCUUCCCCAGCCCCAGCUACCCCUGAGCCAGUAAACACCCCUCAUACAGCAGCAAUGCUUUACAAGAGGACCCCACAACUGGACAAUUUAGAAAUCUCCCUUAGGACCCUGGCAGCCCAGAAUGCACAGCGCAAAAGAAAACUGGGUGACCUCAAAGAGAUUGUUGGGCCGGGCACAUUGGUGCAGGAACCAUCAGAGCAGGGGAAGAAGCUGAAGGUAUGUGAGACAUCAACAUCGGAACCACGCUCCCACAGGACCAUACUUCUGCUGCCUACAGAAUUGGCGAGUCGACUGCUGGGCUGCUCGUCUGAGGGCACCAGUUCGCCGUUCACCCUGCCACAGCUCACCCGCUACGACUGCGAAGUCAACGCCCCUGUGCAGGGCCGUCAGCACUUACUGCAGGGGGAGGAGCUGCUGCGUGCUCUGGACCAAGUCAACUGAGAAAACGCUUAGCCUGCCUCACUGCUGGACUAGAUUGGACACUACAGUUUCUUCCUCACUUUCUCACUCUCUUUCUCCAAGCCCCCCCUACCCUUAUUUAUGUCUCUAUCAGUUUGAUUUUAGUUUGGCUGCCGUUAGUGCACACCACGUGAUCUCUGCAGCAUUCCACCGUGACGAACACCAUAGCAGCGUUUGGUUUUUGGUGCAAGGGAUUCAGACAUCAAGAAUACCUGAUAUUUUAUUUUUUUGGGGAGUCUCUCUUAGCACACACAGCGCCUUGAUAGAUGACCCUGUUCCAGCAGGUCACCAAGAACCUGGCGCUACUGCCAGCAGUGUAUUGUAAGCUUAAGUCGCACAAUUUAUAUUUUCUUAAAAAGAGAAAUAUUACCAGCAAUAUAUAUUAAGCCUUUUUAAAGUAGUUUUAAGGGGAUUUCAACAAUUUUAUUUUUCCUCCCAUACUUGUAUGUUGUAGUACUCCUAACAAAAUGUCUUUAGUCCAGACCUAUGAACCUAUUGUACUUUAAAACCUAAUGUGGUUUGAAUGUUAUCUCCAUUUAAUAGCUACCAGUCUUUGAGGUAAAUGCAUUUAACUGUGUAGUAGUUCAGUACAUGUCACUUUAUUACAUUACUGUAAGUGUGCGUUACUGUACAUAGACCAGGGAAAUUUUAAUUGACGCAGUAUGGCGUUACAUGACCAUUACGCUCAAAUUGAAAUAUGAGAGUAACUGGUUCACCUUUUUGUUUGUUUCUAAUCAUAAAACAUUUCUAUUGAGACAUGAAGUGAAUUUGUUUUGGUUUUCACUGUACGUUACAUACUCAAAAACAGUCCGUUUAAAUAAGUGGAAUUCAUUAAAAAAAAAAAAAAAAAUCAUUUAUUUUACCAGUGUAAUCAUUGUCAUCAUAGUAGAAUUUGUGAGUUGUCAAACUUGUUUGCUCAGUUAUUGGUAGCCAGUUUUAUACCAUUGGUUCAUGUUGCAGUGUUGGGUCUCUCAUGCUUCUUG